AUGGAUAAAAGAAGAAGAGGAAGAAAGAGAAAGGAGAAAGAGAAAGGAGAAAGAGAAAGAGAAAGAGAGAGAAAAGGAGAAAAUCCCCAAGUUUUAAGGGCGAGAUCGCAAAAUGACACCAAAAAAAGAAACAGCAAACAGCCGCGAUACGAUAUUGGUAAUUACCGAGCUGCCCCUGGCGAUGAGUGGGGCCGCGGGGCAGUAGCGCAGCUCGUCGAUUGGCUGAGAGCGGCGCCAGCUCUGAAACAGGACCCGGCGCCUGGGCUGGCAAGGCCAAUCAGUGGCGGACGGCGCUGGUCCAGCAUCACACCGUCGUCGAUUGAGGCCCUGGCUGGGUGUGAAGCUUGGCGAGACGGUGUCUUACCUGGUGAAAGGGAGAUUGGUCGGCGGACGGUGAACCGCAUUGACUAUUUGCUCGGUCGCAUGAGGCAGGAUGGGGUGGAGGAGCAGCAGUGUGUCCGAGUUUCGAGUCCACUCAGGAGGCCACUGAGAGCUGUGGUGGUGGUGGUGGUGGACAGGCUGCCGAGCAGCGCAGAAGCAGGAAAGCCUGCUGUCCGUCGCGAUGAUCAACAUGCCAUCCAUGCCAUGCCCUCAAUGGAGCCUGUAACUCAUCUUGCUGCUGCCUGA